AUGGGGGCAGGAUUUUCGCAGGUUUUCCCGUGUUUCAGCCCGUCGGCCGGUGCGAACCGGGGCGAAGAUGUUGUCAUUUUCUCAGCUAGCGAACCACUUGACGAAACCCUAGGCCAUUCCUUCUGUUACGUCCGGUCCUCUGCUCGCUUUGUUUCCCCUACUCACUCUGAUCGAUUUGUUUCCCCCUCCCAGUCCCUACGCUUUGAUGAUCCAGCUCAACCGCAAAGACCCAAACAGCCCGGCUUGCCAGAAACCGGUUUCCGAGCUAUUUCCGGUGCCUCUGUUAGUGCAAAUACUUCUACUCCCAGAACUGUUAUUGACGAUAUUUACGACGACGCCAUCGAGAUUAACCAUAACAGCAACGCUCCUGGUUAUUAUGCUGGAACCAAGGGCAGUGUUGUGAAUGGGUUUGAGAGCACGUCGUCCUUUAGCGCCUUGCCUUUGCAGCCGGUACCUCGUGACCACAAAGGCGAGCCACCGUCUGGGCCGCUGGAGCGGGCGUUCUUCAUGUCGGGCCCAAUCGAGCGCGGGGCCUUGUCAGGACCGCUGGAUACCUCUACCGGAGGCAUCGGGCCUGACAGCAACAGGGUGCCAUUUUCAGCACCUUUGGGUAAUGUGUGCGUAAAAGAGCGGAAGAAGGUUAUUUCUGGAAUUCGCAAAGCAUUGUUCGGGAACUUCUCUGAGAGGAAGCGCCCUUGGGUGGUGCCAGUACGGUAUUUAGUUGGUGGAGGCAGGAAGAAUAUCCCGUUAUCUGGAGAGAGCGGUAGAAGGACCGAGAUGGUGAAUGACAGCAAUGUUCAUUGGGCCUUGGGUAAGGCAGGGGAGGAUCGAGUACAUGUGGUAGUAUCAGAAGAGCAUGGAUGGCUUUUUGUCGGAAUUUAUGAUGGAUUUAAUGGCCCUGAUGCCCCCGAGUUCCUCAUGAGCAAUUUAUACAAAGCCAUGUACAAUGAACUAGAGGGUUUGUUUUGGGACACUGACGAAGCAGUUGUAGCUGCUGAAAAUGCAGUUAUUGCGGAUAAUUCCAACUUAUCUUCACAAAACCAAGAAAAUGAAGAGGCUAAAGAAGGGGAGGCAGCUGAAAAUGAAACAAAAUCAGUAAAAAAGGUUUCAUUUCAAGAGGAGCAAAUUGAGGUUAGGAGGAGAAGAUUAUGGGAAUUUUUAGCGGAAGAUGAUCCAGAAGAGGGGCUAGAUUUAUCAGGUUCUGAUAGAUUCGCAUUUUCAGUCGAUGAUGCUUUGAACCUUAACGUUGCAGGUUCAGCUGUGAGUAGGAGGUCUUUAUUGUUAUCAAAACUAAAACAUGGUUUGUUGAGUAAGCACAAGGAUGGUAAGAGAUUUUUCCCUUGGAGAUUUUGGUUUGAGGGGAAAGAGAAAGUGGUAGGUGAAAUUGAGGAGAGUAAUAGAGUAGUGGAGGGGCAGGGGGAGGGGGAGGAGGGUGGGGAGAGGAUUAGUAGAAAUGGGAGGAAGCCGAAAGUGGGUCCUGUUGAUCAUGAGUUGGUUCUGAGGGCAAUGUCUAGGGCACUCGAGGUCACAGAACAUGCUUAUUUGGAUAUGACAGAUAAGGUUCUUGACCAGUAUCCCGAACUUGCACUGAUGGGUUCUUGCUUGUUGGUUGUGUUGAUGAGGGAUGAAGAUGUCUAUGUGAUGAAUGUUGGCGAUAGUCGGGCUAUUGUUGCACAGCACCAACCUGAAGAGGUUAGUUCUAGCGAAGAAUCGAAGGUUGCAUGGGAUGAUGGGUUGAAUGCUGAGGGUAUAAUUGAAGAGCUUGCUGAUGUUAGUGAGAGAGAAAAUAAGAAGAGAAACAGAGAUCAUGUUCACCAAGCUAUGAGGUUAUCUGCAUUGCAGUUGUCCACUGACCAUAGCACCAGCAUUGAAGAAGAAGUUCUUAGAAUCAAGAAUGAACAUCCAGAUGACAGCAGUUGUAUUGUCAAUGGUAGAGUUAAAGGUCGUCUUAAAGUUACUCGUGCAUUUGGGGCUGGCUUCCUCAAACAGCCUAAAUGGAAUGAUGGCUUGUUGGAAAUGUUUCGGAAUGAGUAUAUUGGUACUGCAGCUUACAUAUCUUGUUCUCCUUCUCUUUGCCACCAUAAGCUGUCCCCCAUGGAUCAAUUUUUGGUGCUCUCAUCUGAUGGUUUGUAUCAGUAUUUGAGCAAUCAAGAGGUUGUUAGCCUUAUUGCGAAUCUUAUGGAGAAGUUUCCUGAUGGUGACCCAGCUCAACACCUGAUAGAGGAGCUUCUCUUCCGUGCAGCCAAAAAAGCUGGAAUGGAUUUCCAUGAGCUGCUGGACAUUCCUCAAGGAGACCGCAGGAAGUACCAUGAUGAUGUUACGGUUAUGGUUGUAUCUCUUGAGGGAAGAAUCUGGAAGUCAUCUGGAAAAUACCUAUGA